GAUAAGAGUCACAAAAUAAGCUUGAAAGCCAGGUCAUCUUGACCAGCCAGGUCAUCAUGUUUCCAAGGGUGAUAAAUGAGAAAACCUGUAACUUCCUGCAUGAGUUCCUCUGGCUCUGGUCUGGUGUGUGAUGUUGUGCAGGCUGGCUGUGCCCUCCACUGGUUGAGCUGCCUUACUGAUUCCACCGCCGCCUGCUGGGCCAAAGGGAUGAUGGGGCAAACCAUGAAUAAAGAUGCUUUUCAUCCCAAUUUCUAGUAUAACAGUGAAUGUGUAGAAGAUAUUUAUUGUCAUUUGUGCAUUCUGAUGCUUGAAGACACUGCAGAUCCGAUCUGAAUAUAAAUUAUGAAUCAUAAUUGUGUCAGUACUCACCUGUGGUUUGAUUGGUGGGAGUCGUUUGAAUGGCAGGGGCUGGGGUUAGAAGUCCUGCCCCUAACCAGUAUGGGGGCUGGAAGGGUAUAAAAUGUAUUUUGGUGGCCAGUCAAGCAUAAGGAAGUCAAAAGCACGUUUGCUGGUCACUUUAUGUCUGCUGCACAGUUUCCCACAUAGACCUGUGCUAAAGAUGCUGUCACGAAAUCUUGUAAUUGCUUCAGUGGCUGUUGUGCUUCUGGCGUCCACCCUAUCAACGGCUCCUGUUGAAGAUAAGGAGCCUGAGGAAAAUGACUUUGAGGCUGAAGAGGGUGAAGAAGAACUGUCUGAGGAGGAAGAGGAUGAUGAUGACUCCAAAGGUCAGCAUAUGAAGGGGGCCGGAUCGCAGCAGGCCACCGCAGCACCCAAAGGCUCGGGUAUGACUCCUGGCAGCGCCGUUGCGGGCGAAUCCCCAAACGGUCAGAAACUUAAUGGCGGCACUCAAACUGGCCAAGUCUCAUCAGGCAGCACAUCAACAGCUUCAAACGGAGCAAAUGGAAGUAACGGUAGAGACGGGUUCUCUCAGCCAUCUGGCUCAAGUUCUCAUGAUGCAAGUUAUGGUGUACAAGAUGGGUCCAAAUCAGAGAUAGUUCAUCCAGGAGCUGGAGGAGCAGCUGCUACUGGAGGUUCAGGAUCUAAAGUCCCUGGUAAUGACAUUUAG